AUGCGUUCAACAUCUAUUAAUGAUAAACCACAACAAACAAAUAUCAAUAAAUUAAAUAUAAAUAAUUCAGUAAUGGAUUAUUCAUUAAAAGAAUUACAGGGAAUAGUUACUCAUCAACAAGAACAAAUUGAACAUAAUCAACAAUUAUUAAUCUCACGUGAACAACGUCUUAAAUAUCUUAAACAACAAGAAACAUUACGUGCAAAACGUUUUCAACAAAAUAUUCAACAACAAGAAAUGAAACAUUUACGUUUAAGAACACUUGAAAAUCAAAUAAAUCAAUACAAAAUAUCAAAUUCAACAUUUGAAAAUGAAUUAGAUAUAUUAAAACAAAUAUUUUUAAACAAAGAAGAUGAAUUAACCAAAUCAUUACAUAAAAUAAAUGAUUUAACAAAACAAUGUGAACAAAUAAGAAAAUUAAAAUUAACAGCAAACAAAGAACAAUCACAAAAUAGAAAUGAAUUAGAUAAAUUAAAACAAGAACUAUUAAUAAGAAAUAAAUUAAAUGAACAACAAAAUCGUCAAAUAACUUAUCAACGUGAAAUCUAUGCAUCAAAACAAGCCGAAUUAAAUCAAUUAAAUUAUCGAAUAAAUGAUAUUCAACAAAGUUUAAUGAAAAAAAAAAUAUGUCAAACAAUAACAACAACACCUGUUCAAACAAUUUCAUCAUCGAAUCAUUUUAAAAUCGCUUUAGAUAAUGUACAAAAUACAUUGAAUAAUAUUAAUAUCGCUGAAAUUGAAAAACGUAUGGUACAAUUAGCAAAUUCAUUUAAUUCAAUUAAUACAAAUGAAACAUCGAUAAUACCUGAAAUUAACAAUACAAACAAUUCUUCACCAUCAUCAUCAAUAGUUACAUCUAAACAAGCACUUGCAUCUAAAAAUGAAAUAGUAGCAACAUCUGUGAUGUGUUCAUCAAAUACAUCAGUAUCAUUUUCACCACUUUCAAAUGAAUCAAUAAAAAUUGAAGAACAAUUAUUACCACCUAAUCUACGUUUAAAUGAUGACAUACUUUCAGUUCACUUUAAUAAUAAAACAUCAAAUGUUAAAAAACGUCAUUCAUUAUGUGAUCCAUGUGAUUCAUUAAUAAAAUAUUUAUCACCAAAUACUGAACAACAACAACCAAUUCAAGUUCGAGAUGAUUCAUUCAUAAAUUCAUCUUUAUCAAAAACAGAAUCAACUAUUGUUGCAUAUGAAAGUCUUGCAGAUUUUCAAAGUAAAAUUACUUGUAAGAAAUCAAAUGAAGGAGAAGAAGAAGAAGAAGAAGACAAAGAAGAACAAUCAAUAAUGGAAUCAUUUAUAUCUGAUACAGAAUCUGAAGGUUCAGUUUCUGACGAUAUUGAAUCAAAUUUAUCAUUUCCAGUAACUAUAUUACCAUCUGAUACGAAUCUGAAAUCUUUAUUAAAAACUUCAACAACACCUAAAAAUACUUCUCGACGUGUUAUAUUUGAUCCAUUAACAAUUCUUCUUGAUGCCGCUGUUAUUGGAGAUCUUGAACUUGUUACAAAAUCUGCAAAAGAAGUGAAAAAUAUAAGUCAACCAAAUGAUGAAGGUUUAACAGCUUUAAAUAAUGCAGUAUGUGCAGCAAAUAUUGAAUGUAUUAAAUUUUUAGUUGAAUUUGGUUGUGAUAUUAAUUAUGCUGAUAAUGAUGGUUGGACAUCAUUACAUUGUGCUGCAUCAUGUAAUCAAAUAUCUAUAGUAGAAUUUUUAAUUAAACACGGAGCUUGUAUAUAUGCAACAACGAUUCGAGAUAAUGAAACAGCUGCUGAUAAAUGUGAAGAAGAUGAAGAAAAUUAUACAGAUUGUUCACAAUAUCUUUUAAAUGUACAAAAUGAUUUAGGUGUAAUUAAUGAUGGAUUAGUUUAUGCUUUAUAUGAUUAUGAACCAGAUUCAUUAGUAAAUGAUGAACUUGAAUUUAAAAAUGGUGAUCAAUUGAAAAUAUUAAGACGUGGAGAUGAUAAUGAAUGUGAAUGGUGGUGGGCAAAACAUGAAAAUACGGAAAAAGAAGGUUAUAUACCACGAAAUUAUCUUGGACUUUAUCCAAGAGUACAAUCUGGUACAAUGUCAUCAACAGAUACUUAA